AUGAAGGAUACACGACGGGGUGCAGAAGCGCGCUCCGUUCAGCCGUUGUCUCGUACAGCGUGCGUGCCGGCACCAAAGCACCCAGUCUGCGGCCGACCCGCGGAGUCCGAUUUAGUCUACGUCGCUGCGAUGUCGGUGGCACACGUCGAUUCGCCCGCCCGACAGCCGCGCUCCGGCGAUCGCGUCGCUACUUUUCCCGGGCCAAUAAAUAAAGCGCACCGAACAAAG